UACCCAGGCUGGAACACAUACAGUGGCACAAUCAUAGCUCACUGCAGCCUUGAAAUCUUGGGCUCAGGCAAUCCUCCCACCCGAGCCUCCUGAGUAUCUGGAACUACAGGUGAGGAGAGACUUCAGCAUGCAAACCUUCAUCUGUUCGGCUUGCACCGUCAUUUUCAUUCCAUGCUGCUGGCCUUCAGAUGGCUGGACAGAUGCCCCAUUCACAUCAGUACAGUGACCGUCGCCAGCCAAACAUAAGUGACCAACAGGUUUCUGCCUUAUCAUAUUCUGACCAGAUUCAACAACCUCUAACUAACCAGGUGAUGCCUGAUAUUGUCAUGUUACAGAGGCGGAUGCCCCAAACCUUCCGUGACCCAGCAACUGCUCCCCUGAGAAAACUUUCUGUUGACUUGAUCAAAACAUACAAGCAUAUUAAUGAGGUUUACUAUGCAAAAAAGAAGCGAAGACACCAACAGGGCCAGGGAGACGAUUCUAGUCAUAAGAAGGAACGGAAGGUUUACAAUGAUGGUUAUGAUGAUGAUAACUAUGAUUAUAUUGUAAAAAACGGAGAAAAGUGGAUGGAUCGUUACGAAAUUGACUCCUUGAUAGGCAAAGGUUCCUUUGGACAGGUUGUAAAGGCGUAUGAUCGUGUGGAGCAAGAAUGGGUUGCCAUUAAAAUAAUAAAGAACAAGAAGGCUUUUCUGAAUCAAGCGCAGAUAGAAGUGCGACUUCUUGAGCUCAUGAACAAACAUGACACUGAAAUGAAAUACUACAUAGUGCAUUUGAAACGCCACUUUAUGUUUCGAAACCAUCUCUGUUUAGUUUUUGAAAUGCUGUCCUACAACCUCUAUGACUUGCUGAGAAACACCAAUUUCCGAGGGGUCUCUUUGAACCUAACACGAAAGUUUGCGCAACAGAUGUGCACUGCACUGCUUUUCCUUGCGACUCCAGAACUUAGUAUCAUUCACUGUGAUCUAAAACCUGAAAAUAUCCUUCUUUGUAACCCCAAACGCAGUGCAAUCAAGAUCGUUGACUUUGGCAGUUCUUGUCAGUUGGGGCAGAGGAUAUACCAGUAUAUUCAGAGUCGCUUUUAUCGGUCUCCAGAGGUGCUACUGGGAAUGCCUUAUGACCUUGCCAUUGAUAUGUGGUCCCUCGGGUGUAUUUUGGUUGAAAUGCACACUGGAGAACCUCUGUUCAGUGGUGCCAAUGAGGUAGAUCAGAUGAAUAAAAUAGUGGAAGUUCUGGGUAUUCCACCUGCUCAUAUUCUUGACCAAGCACCAAAAGCAAGAAAGUUCUUUGAGAAGUUGCCAGAUGGCACUUGGAACUUAAAGAAGACCAAAGAUGGAAAACGGGAGUACAAACCACCAGGAACCCGUAAACUUCAUAACAUUCUUGGAGUGGAAACAGGAGGACCUGGUGGGCGACGUGCUGGGGAGUCAGGUCAUACGGUCGCUGACUACUUGAAGUUCAAAGACCUCAUUUUAAGGAUGCUUGAUUAUGACCCCAAAACUCGAAUUCAACCUUAUUAUGCUCUGCAGCACAGUUUCUUCAAGAAAACAGCUGAUGAAGGUACAAAUACAAGUAAUAGUGUGUCUACAAGCCCCGCCAUGGAGCAGUCUCAGUCUUCGGGCACCACCUCCAGUACAUCGUCAAGCUCAGGUGGCUCAUCGGGGACAAGCAACAGUGGGAGAGCCCGGUCGGAUCCGACGCACCAGCAUCGGCACAGUGGCGGGCACUUCACAGCUGCCGUGCAGGCCAUGGACUGCGAGACACACAGUCCCCAGGUGCGUCAGCAAUUUCCUGCUCCUCUUGGUUGGUCAGGCACUGAAGCUCCUACGCAGGUCACUGUUGAAACUCAUCCUGUUCAAGAAACAACCUUUCAUGUAGCCCCUCAACAGAAUGCAUUGCAUCAUCACCAUGGUAACAGUUCCCAUCACCAUCACCACCACCACCACCAUCACCACCACCAUGGACAACAAGCCUUGGGUAACCGGACCAGGCCAAGGGUCUACAAUUCUCCAACAAAUAGCUCCUCUACCCAAGAUUCUAUGGAGGUUGGCCACAGUCACCACUCCAUGACAUCCCUGUCUUCCUCAACGACUUCUUCCUCGACAUCUUCCUCCUCUACUGGUAAUCAAGGCAAUCAGGCCUACCAGAAUCGCCCAGUGGCUGCUAAUACCUUGGACUUUGGACAGAAUGGAGCUAUGGACGUUAAUUUGACCGUCUACUCCAAUCCCCGCCAAGAGACUGGCAUAGCUGGACAUCCAACAUACCAAUUUUCUGCUAAUACAGGUCCUGCACAUUACAUGACUGAAGGACAUCUGACAAUGAGGCAAGGGGCUGAUAGAGAAGAGUCCCCCAUGACAGGAGUUUGUGUGCAACAGAGUCCUGUAGCUAGCUCGUGACUACAUUGAAACUUGAGUUUGUUUCUUGUGUGUUUUUAUAGAAGUGGUGUUUUUUUUCCAAAAACAAAGUGCAAAGCUGCUUGAAUCAGAAGGAGAUUAACACACUGAACCGCUACAAGAGGGCAAAGCUGACUUUUUUUUUUUUUUUUUUAACUUGAAAAGAUUGCAAAGGGACAUUGAAGUGUUUAAAAGAGCCAUGUCCAAACCCAUCUUCAUGGAUAGCUCAGAGGUAUCCUCUUUUUGCUCCCCUAUUUUAACUUGCCACAUCCCAGUCACAGUGGGGUUUUUUUGUCUUUCUGUUCAGCAAAAGUUAAUGUUCAGAUGUUGGUCUUGGUCAUUUGCCAACUAAUUUUAAACUGCACAUAAUUUGCAUAAAGGGCCCCAUGAGGGUGUUUCUUUUUUUUUUCUUUUUGUCCCCCCCACCCCCAUCCCCUUUUUUUUGUUUUGUUCUGUUUUGUUUUGGGUGGGAGGGUGGGAAAUUUGGGUUUUUAAGUCCUCUAAACACACUUGGGCACGGAAAUGCAGUACUGUAAGGAAGAGGGACCUCCAGCUUCCACAAACACCAUCUUCAGCUGUAUGAAAGGGACGGUUGUGUUGAAGUUUGUCAGGCGCAGUAAGCAUGCUGAGUGGCGGGGAUCAGAACUCUCCUAUCUGAACCUACUGAGGAGCAAAGCAGCAAUUCCAUGGGACCCUGUGGCUGUCCUGUUGGGGAGGCCGCAGGAAGAUAGGAUGGAACGUGACUGGUCUCCUCACCAAGGUGCACUGAGAAGCAAUCAACGGGUCGGUCGUGGCCAGUCCUGGGGAGGUCUGAGUGGUGGUCUUUGGGAUAACCUUUGGCCUUAUGGAUUUGGACUCGAAAUUAGAAGAGCCUACCAUUUCAGAUGCAAUCACUUUUGGACAUGCUUUUGCAGACAGUCCUUAAUGCUGAAAACACAGAGAAUGGGUAAUUCAAGAGGCCUUUCUUUUAAAAUAGACUUUUGUGACCCACUAAUUGUAAGGUAUUGCAAGGUCACUUUGCGUGUGUCAUAAAGUUGACUUCCUUAUUGGUUGAAGGUCACAGAAGUAGUGGUUUGCUUUGAUGGAAAUAGCUACAGCUGUGUCCCUUCCUGCUUUUUACUUUUUCUUUUGCUUUUUCUCGGCACGUGGUAUCUCCACCAUUUCUUCUGCACAAAGAUGUCUUCUGUUCAUCCUGAACAUUUUUAAAAAAUGCAGAAUUUUAUGUGACUGCUUUUUUGCCUCACAAUUAUGCUGUGAAUUUUACAAAAAUUUAUUUUCUUUUUUGAUAAUUUAUUGUACCAAAGCUGUUUUUAUAGCACAUAGAUGUCUGUAACCAAUAAUGUAGCAGUUCUGCACUUUGACACAAGGUGUAACUAGACCAUUUUUAAAUGUCAGUUGAAAAUUAUGGCUGUACUAUUGCUUAAACAAAACUGGAACUGUUGUUGAAUCCAUAGCCAAUACAUUUACAGCAAUCUGUGUACUGAACAUAAUAGAUUGACAUCUAAUUCAAGAUUACAACAUCUGUUACAUUCUAAGUGUGUUCAGGCUUCUGAAGGUAAAGGGACACUGGAUCCAGAAGCUAUGGAACCAGCAGUUGAUUCUUGUAUUCCUGAUUAACCUACUUGUAAACUUGAAAGCAAGACCUUGAUUGCACCAACAGGUCCAGAGUAUGAGCGCAAGUAAAGCAGAACUCUCAUGCGUGACCUGAGCAGACAGGCUGGUAUUUAACAGGUGCCUCGUGUUGAGAUUACGCUGCCUUAAUGUAACACAGUCUGGCAGUUGCUAAAUUUGUGUUCCCAUUUUAAAUUGACCAAUUUUGGGGUGUGACACUUUUGAGCGGUUGACUUGGGAGAAUGAAGAUAAGUAAUUUACCUGUCCAGGAUCAAAAGAAGCCUAGAAAAGAAGCAGUAAUCUACCUCUGCCGAUAACCUGUUUAAGAUGACUCAGCAGAACACCGCGUUUCAUUCUAUUGGUCAAUUCCAUGUGGCUGACUAGGUCAAUUUUUUUUCUGAACAAAAGCAGGUUUUUAUAUGUAAACAGUGAGAAAAGAAAGGCUAAACACUAUGUAAAUGUGAAUGGAAACUUGGAAAUACUCGUUUUUAUAAACUACAAAAUUUUUGUUGUUUAUCAGGAAAUCCAUAUUUAUUUUGUAAUUAACUGUCAAGCCUGUGGAUGAUUUUUUUGAACUUAGUAGUUCAUAAAGGUUUACAGUGAAUAAAAGGAUAUCAUCUUGAGUAUAGCAAUAUCAAAAGGAAUUCAGUAGUUACUGCUGUUUAGGAAUAUAAGGUUAAGAUAUCAUAUGGGUCAGGUCAUUUUUUUUUUCUGUGCUGGUUGCCACAUCUUAGCAAGCACCAAAAAACUAAAGCAGUUUUUAAACCGAUAUUUACAUAAAAUCAUAAAAUCCAACGCUUCUGCAUACUGUGUUAUGUUACAGUCCAGUUUUGUGUGCUUUACUACACAGUUUGGUUACAGGACUUCUGUGCAUUGUAAACAUAAACAGCAUGGAAAAGGUUAAAUACCUGUGUUCAGAUUGUAAGAUCUAGUCCGGACUUGCUGUGUAUAUUGUAACGUUAAAUGAAAAAAGAACCCCCCUUUGUAUUAUAGUCAUGCGGUCUUAUGUAUGAUAAACAGUUGAAUAAUUUGUCCUCA